UCUAGUAUAUCCAGCCAUGAUGUGUCUACCUCUGACAAUAAUUCAUCUAAUACAAAUGAUAUGAUUUACUCUAAAGUUUCACUAGAUAAAUCAGCAGAGAUAACACGACCAAAGACAAGUCAAAGACUCGAAGCUCAGCUUACUCAAAAUUCUAAUUCCUCACAUGCAGUAAAAAAAAGUGUCUCUUCUAAUAGGAACAAAGUCCCAUGUCUCAAAGAGAUGCCCCCUACAGGCCUGCAAAGCAAUAAUAUAUCUAGAAGGAAAAACGAUCUUGAAAAAUUAAUAAAAGACACCGAAAGAUUAGCUCCUAUGCUCCCAUCUUUGUCUCA